AUGGCCGACAGAGAUCCUUCAUCACCUGAGCAAGACCCUUACACGGCGGCUGUUCGGGUCCUCGCGCCCAUCACAGCCCUCGGGUGGCUGUUCUUCGGGAUGAUAUGCGUCCUGUCUAUCAACGGCCGGGGACGAGCCGGGCGGUGGGUGCCCGAGUGGUAUCUGGAUACACUGGGAACGAGGAGAGACCGAGCCUGGCUGGUCGCUUGGUGGGUGGCAGUGCUGGUCCUAUGGCCUGUUAUCCUGCCAAUGGUCCUGGGGAAUCGAAUUAUCGGCUGGAUGAGGGCGUCCUGCGGCAGGGAGCGAGGUGCCACGACGCAAUUGGAGGAUGGGGCGGGACCGGACCUGGGGAAGACGAUGGGCAAGGGGGCCAGGGGGAGGGGAUUCGGGACGGAGGGGGGCGAUGAAGCUGAGGAGUGA